AUGGAACCGUCUUACAGUACGCAAUCGCCCAUGUACAGCCGGCCGGCCACCACUGCUCUUCCCCUUACCAUCCAUCACAGUCCGAUGUACGGUCAAGCCUCCGCCGAAAUCGGUAUCAGAAUUGCUAUAAUACCAGAAUUUCAAAUUACACCUCCGCCUCCAUUGGUUCCACAAGGAGACGUUCCUCAAUGCACAUUUCAGUUUGAUUUUGACCUUGAGAAGAAGAUUUUGGCUGAAGCAAAUCAAAAGGAAAGCCAAAUCUGGAGCAGGUUACCUAUCGAAAAUCUUCCAUCUAGAGGGUCGGACCAAGCUUCAAAGAAAGAGUAUAUAGUUGGGUCUUAUGGCUGUUUCCAUCUUAAUGGUUGUACGAAUUUGUCACUAAGGAAAUAA